AUGUGUUCCCCAAACCCAUGGCACAGCGGAGCAGGGGCGCAGCGUCCCGGCCCCAGGGUGGCAAAAUUUCUGUCCCAGGAUCAGAUUAAUGAGUUCAAGGAAUGUUUUUCCCUCUACGACAAGAAACAAAAAGGCAAGAUAAAAGCCUCCGACCUGAUGGCAGUGAUGCGGUGCCUGGGAGCCAGCCCGACGCCGGGAGAGGUGCAGAGACACCUGCACCUGCACAAGAUCGACAGAAACGCGGAGCUGGAUUUCUCCACUUUCCUGAAUAUAAUGUACCGGCAGAUGAAGCAGGAGGAACCCGAGAAGGAAAUCCUCACGGCCUUGUCCAUGAUUGACAGGCAGAAGAGCGGCGUUAUCUCCGCGUCGGAGCUGAGAGCCAAGCUGACGCGGCUCGGAGAAAAGCUUUCCGAGGAAGAAGUUGAUGACCUGCUAAAAGAAGCCAAAGUUGGCCCAAACGGAACAAUAAAAUAUGAAGAAUUCGUCCGCAUCGUCUGUCUUCCUGCAGUCGACUACUGA